GUUAUAAAUCCGACACGAGUCUAAUGUUUCCUUCUAUCCUUUUCUGACAGUCGCAUCUGGUUGUAGCGACUGUCCCUUCUUCAUCCACUGUUGUUUCACUCCUCCGUUUUAGUACUACAAAUAAUCAAAUUUUAACACCUCUGUUUUCUCUGUAAUCCGCAGCCAUGGCUUCUUCUACGUUCUUACUCGGCUUCCUCUUCCUCGUUCUUUCUCUCACAAUCACCGCCAAGAAAACCUACAUUGUUCACAUGAAACAUCAUGACAAGCCCCUUUCUUUCGAAACUCACCAUGAUUGGUACAGUUCCAGCUUGCAAGCACUCUCCGCCGCCCCUGACUCCCUUCUCUAUUCCUACACCACCGCAUUCAAUGGCUUCGCAGCCUCUCUCGAUCCAGAACAAGUUGAAUUGCUUAGGAAAUCAGAUUCCGUUCUGGGUGUUUACGAAGACACACUAUACACUCUCCACACUACUCGUACCCCGCAAUUCCUCGGCCUUGACACUGAAUUCGGGCUCUGGGCUGGCCAUAACACCCAGCAACUCGAACAAGCUUCUCGGGAUGUGAUCAUUGGAGUUUUGGACACUGGAGUUUGGCCAGAAUCUAAGAGCUUCGAUGAUUCCGACAUGCCUGACCUUCCUUCUAAGUGGCGUGGCGAGUGCGAAUCAGCUCCUGAUUUUAGCCCCAAGUUUUGCAACAAAAAACUCAUUGGAGCACGAAGCUUUUCGAAAGGUUACCAUAUGGCCAAUGGUGGUGGUGGAAUUUACAAGAAACCCAGAGAGGUCGAGUCCCCACGUGACAAAGAUGGUCAUGGAACCCACACUGCCAGCACCGCCGCGGGUGCUCACGUCGCUAACGCUAGCCUCCUCGGAUACGCCAGCGGAACUGCUCGUGGGAUGGCAACUCACGCGCGCGUCGCCUCGUACAAGGUUUGCUGGGAAACUGGUUGCUUCGGAGCCGACAUUCUCGCGGGUAUGGAUCGGGCCAUCCAAGACGGCGUCGACGUCCUCUCAUUAUCCCUCGGCGGCGGAUCUGCACCGUAUUACCGCGACACCAUCGCUAUUGGAGCCUUCGCGGCGAUGGAGAAAGGCAUUUUUGUUUCUUGCUCUGCUGGCAACAGCGGGCCCACGAAGGCCACUCUUGCCAACGUGGCACCAUGGAUUAUGACGGUCGGCGCCGGGACUUUAGAUCGAGAUUUCCCCGCUUAUGCCGUUUUAGGAAACAAAAUCCGUUAUAACGGCGUUUCUCUCUAUAGCGGUCAAGGAAUGGGAAAUAAACCGGUUGGUUUGGUUUACAACAAAGGUAACAUGUCGAGUAAUCUAUGUUUGCCUGGUUCACUCGACCCUGCUUUCGUACGUGGAAAAGUAGUAAUUUGCGAUAGAGGAACGAACGCCCGUGUGGAAAAAGGAGCAGUCGUGCGCGACGCUGGCGGGGUGGGGAUGAUCUUAGCGAACACGCCGGUUAGCGGUGAGGAAUUGGUGGCCGACAGUCACUUGUUACCGGCCGUGGCGGUGGGGAGGAAAGUUGGUGAUCUAAUUAGGGAAUACGCACGGUCCGAUCCUAAGCCGACGGCUGUUUUAGUUUUUGGUGGGACGGUGUUAAAUGUGCGUCCUUCACCGGUUGUUGCGGCGUUUAGUUCACGGGGCCCCAAUAUGGUGACGCCGCAGAUCUUGAAGCCGGACGUGAUUGGGCCUGGUGUUAACAUUCUGGCUGCUUGGUCAGAGGCUAUUGGGCCCACUGGGUUAGCGAAGGACACGAGGAAGACCAAGUUCAACAUUAUGUCAGGUACAUCCAUGUCCUGCCCGCACAUCAGUGGGCUAGCAGCUCUGCUCAAGGCAGCUCAUCCCGAAUGGAGCACAAGUGCAAUCAAAUCGGCUCUCAUGACCACUGCUUACACCGAGGAUAACACCAAUUCUUCUCUCAGGGAUGCUGCCGAUGGUUCCUUGUCUAACCCAUGGGCUCAUGGGGCUGGCCAUGUCGACCCCCAGAAGGCUCUUUCUCCAGGCCUGGUGUACGAUAUCUCUACAGAAGAAUACAUAUCAUUCUUGUGCUCAUUGGGCUACACCAUCGACCACGUCAAGACCAUAGUGAAGCGUCCGAAUGUUACAUGUUCCACGAAAUUCAAAGACCCUGGCGAACUCAAUUACCCAUCAUUUUCAGUCUUGUUUGGGGACAAAAGGGUUGUUCGAUACACUCGGGAAUUGACAAAUGUAGGCCCCUCAAGGUCCAUAUACAAAGUCACAGUGAAUGGCCCAUCAACCGUUGGGAUCUCAGUUAGGCCCACGACACUCAUCUUUAGGAGCGCAGGAGAGAAGAAGAGAUACACGGUUACUUUUGUAGCCAAAAGAGGGACAAGCCCGAUGGCUAGAUCUGAAUUCGGUUCAAUAGUCUGGAGUAAUGCCCAAAACCAAGUUAAGAGCCCAGUUUCUUUCUCAUGGACAUUAUUGUGAUGGUCCUACAGUUUAAUUCUGGGUUUUUUCUCAUUACGAGCCGAGUACAACCCAAGUUUGCAUUUGAAGAGAACCGGCGCAAAAGGCCCUCAUCCAGCUAAAACAACCACAGUACAUGGACCCUCCAGUCCUGAAGAAAAGGUGGAGUUGGAUGGAGUUUGAAGUUUGCAAAUUUCGUGUGUUGGUUUAAUUUGAUUGACAUAAUACAAAUUUCAAGAUAGAGCUUUGACUUCUUAAUUUGUUCGUGAACUAAGCUUAUCCUGAUUAUUGAUGGAUAUCAGGGAUUCGCUUACCCCAGCUUGCCUUUCUUUCUUUACCUAAUCUUUGCUAUCGUUUUCCAUACCUUAUUCAUUAGCUAAGAAUGAAGAGGGCCCAAAUGAUUUCUUCUUA